UUUGCUGAACUCGGAAGGCAUUUCCGUUUUGUCUUUGGCAAAUCACUCAAUUAUUAUUCACCUUUGUUAUUCACUCAUUCACUUUCCACGGUCAAACUUGCGGUCAAAGGCAAAGGACAAAAUGUCAAUGACAUUUGAUCUGUCAUUUCGUACGUCAGUCCCAUUCACUCACUCACUGCACCGUACUUAGUUGUCAGUUGUCAUUUGUUUCAAUUAACGAAUCGCGGCAGACCGGCUGAUAAAAUAAAUAUAAAUAACAAAACAGGUGUUUUGACAACGUGGUUUUAAGAAACCUUUUCAAAAGUAUUAUUAUCAAAAUGUCGAAUCUUCCUAUUGUAUCCAUUACUAGAAGAGAAACGUUCAGUUCAUGUCAUAGACUGCACAGCCCAUUCUUGAGUGAGGAAGCCAAUAAAAAACUGUAUGGAAAAUGUAACAAUCCCAAUGGACAUGGGCAUAAUUAUGUUGUUCUAGUGACGGUAAAGGGGCCAGUAGACCAGCAUACUGGAAUGGUAAUGAAUGUUCAUACCCUGAAAGAGUAUAUGCAACAAGCCAUCAUGGACCCCCUUGACCAUAAAAAUUUGGACCAAGAUGUGCCAUAUUUCAAAGCUGUGGUAAGCACUACAGAGAACCUAGCUGUGUUCAUUUGGGAUCAGCUGCAGAAAGUAAUGGAAAAGCCACAGUUGCUUCAUGAGGUGAAGAUAUUGGAGACUGAGAAGAACCAUGUGGUGUACCGUGGAGGGUCCACAUACCCAAAAAAGAGGUUUGACCCAUCAAGCCUUCAUCCUAACAACCACCACCACAAUGUUUCUUCAGACUCAGACUGAUUUGUAUUGCCAAGUUUUUUAUAAUCUCAAAUAUUAUAGAUAUGACGUUUCAUAUUUUUGAUGUGAAGAAAUAUUAUAUUCUAUUGACAGUUAUUCCAAGUAACCUUGCUUGUUGACAGUAUCAUUCCACGAGUGCAUUUAAAUUUUUAUAUUCUUAAAAUUAAUUUUUCGUGAAUUUUAUCAUAUGAUAAAGGAGUGUUUUAAUAAAAUAUUGAAUGAA